CGGCCGCGGUCGGGAUGUGAAGCGCGCUGCGGCGGCGGCGGUGAUGGAGACGGAGCGGCUGCGAGUCGGGCAGCGGCGGUGGCGCGGCGAGGGGAGGCGGGCGCGCGCGCCGAUGCGGCGGUGGCAGGCGGGGGGCCCGUGCCCGGCUGUCCCCCUCGGGCGCCGUCGGGAUGCGCGGGCGGCCGGGGCUGCGGCGGGCGCCUCCAGCUGAGGAGCAGCAGCAGCAGCAGCAGCGCCCCGGGCCGGCCGCGCCGUCGGGUGGCGACGCCAUGCUGCCCUGGAAGAGGCACAAGUUCGAGCUGCUGGCCGUGGAAGAGGAGCAGCUGACGCAGCAGCGCAAGAAGACGCAGCAGAAGCACCGGCGGCAUCCUCCGCCGCCUCCUCCGCCAACCGCGCCGGGCCCGCCGUCGGGGAAGGGCAAGGGCAGCUACUGCGCGGCGGGCGCGGGGAGCCUGCCCUGCUCGGCGGCGCUGGGCUCGCUGGCUCGCGCGUGCCCGCCCGAGGGCGCCCUCAGCAGGAUGGGCAACCUGUUCCGCUGCAAGCGCAAGAAGUUCCGCGUGAGCAGCGAGGCGCCCACCUACACGGUGCUCUACCUGGGCAACGCCACCACGCUGCAGGCCAAGGGCGACGGCUGCACGGACGUGGCGGUGGGCAAGAUCUGGGCCAAGAGCGAGGCCGGGCGCCACGGCACCAAGAUGAAACUGACCAUCGGGCCGCAGGGCAUCCGUAUGGCGCCCGCCGCGCCCUCCGAGGCGGCCUCUCGCCCGGGCCACCUGUACCUGCUGCACCGCGUCACCUACUGCGUGGCUGACCCGCGCCUGCCGCGACUCUUCGCCUGGAUCUACCGGCACGAGGUGAAGCACAAGGCCGUGCUGCUGCGCUGCCACGCCGUGCUCGUGUCCAAGGCCGAGAAGGCGCGCGCCAUGGCGCUGCUCCUCUACCAGACGUCGGCGGCGGCGCUGGCCGAGUUCCGCCGCCUGAAGAAGCGCGCCGACGCGCGGCACCAGCAGCUGCAGCAGGCGGGUGCGGCGGCCGACGGUGCCAUCCCGCUGGUGCCGCUGCGCAAGCUGCUCCUGCACGGCCCGGGCUGCUGCUACAAGCCGCCCGUCGAGCGCAGCCGCAGCGCGCCCAAGCUGGGCUCCAUCACCGAGGACGCGCUAGGCGAGGAGCUGGAGGAGCGCGCCGCCGGCCUGCGCGGCGCAGGAGGCCUCGCCAACGGAGGCGGCCCCGACGGCGAGGACGACGAGGGAGACGACGAGGAGGGCGACUGCGACGACGACGAGCUGCUGGCGCCGCUGGGCGACUGCAACGACGACGAGGACGACGGCGCGGACGCGGCGCCCAGCCUGGGGCAGCUCAUCUGCGGCCUGGGCGAGCUGGCCAUCGGCAACGACGUGGCGCUGCUGCGCGCCGACCUGCGCGUCACCAGGCUCCUCUCGGGCGAGAGCACCGGCAGCGAGUCGUCCAUCGAGAGCAACGGCCACGACGGAGGGUCCCCGCCGCCGCCGCUCCAGCCGUGCCGCGGACCAGACAGCCCCGAGCCCGGAGACAGCGGCUGACGGAGCCGUCGGAGGGGCGGCCAGCGGGAAGCAGGGGAGGCUCCGCCGAGGCGCCAAGCCGCAGGGACGACGAGUCACGCUUCCCGGCGCCCUCCCCGCUCGCCCCCUCCAGGUGGGACCCUCUCUUGCCCCCCGGGGCCACCACGGGAGCCUCCCCCUCGAGGCAGAAACCGCAGAAGGAGCGAGCGCGCCCCGGCACAUAUCCUCCUCGGCCCGGCGGCCGGUCUUCGGGGAAGGAGCCCUGUCCGGCUGCCCGCUCGCCGGUAGGACCACCCGCUCCCGAAUGGUGUGAUGACGCCCCAGCUUCUCGGGACCCCCCAGACUUGCCAAAUGCUUUUCCGUAACCCUGGGGGUGGGGGAGGGGUGUGUCUUGUUUACAGAUCCCGAAGGGGGGAGGGGGGGGUCUUCAUCCCUCCUUCCCUGCUUGCCUCUCUCCUUCUCUCCUUCCUUUUUUUGAGAAAAAAAGUGUGUCUCCCUCCAUGGUUCCUUCCAUUCCAUGCUGUGUUAAGAGAUUAUUAUCAUUUUUUUGCACUGUGGUGAAGAUCAUGGAGACCUUUUUGGGUGGUUGUUUUUUUAAAUUAUGAGGUUUGACGAAUAUUUUUUCCCCCCCACAAAUCCAUUUUCUUCUCCAGUCUCAGUGUUUCUAUAGAUAUGUAUAGAUAUAUUAUAAUUAUUAUUAUAUCUUUUGCUGUGCAAAAGGAAACUGUACAUGUGGAUGUUCACUUCAACCCAUAGAAAACACAAAUGUAUAUCUAAUACAUUUAGUUGCUGUUGUUAUUUUUCUUAAUUUCUGGAGCAGGAGCCUGGCUUCCUUGGUUGGUUUUGCUCCCCGUAUUUCGGGAUGUUCACAGUGGAAGCUGCUGCUGCCAGCUGAGCAGGAGGCUGCCCCCAUGGCUCUCCCCCAGGACUGCAUGGUGCUGGUCAGGUACUUUGUGCCCCCCCAGUCACAUCUUCUUUGGCUAGAGCUGCGUGGCAUUCCUUGGUAUCCUGGAGGGAGAGAUGUGGGAAGGGCCAACAGGCUCUUUAUGGCUCAGCCCUCCCCACCUUCCAAUAUCCAGCCAAGCAAGGAUCUCUGGGCCCAACUAGAUGGGGAGAUUCACCACUGCCCCCCCCCGCACCCUUCUCUUGCCAUCCAAAAGCAGGUGGGUGUUUGUGCUUGUAACUGCACAAGGAGGAGGGUUGAGAAGCUUGCCCUCCGAAACCUCCUCUUGGCGCUGGCAGGGCAGAGAGAAGCAGGUGCCAGGGUUUUACCUGCCCUUCCUUCCUUCCCCAGCUGGUUCAACAGCAGCUGAAAGUGGUGGCUGGGUUCAGUAGGGGACGUGGUAGGGGGCAGGGUUUAGCUGCUUGGCUAAACCCCACCACCCCCCUCUCCAGGGCUGCUGCCCAAUCCCAUUUGCAAAGCACUGAGAGUCAGGGGUCCCACCUCACAGGCUUAGCGCCAAGAGUCCCAUCCUCUUGGGAAAUGCUUUCAGCAGCAGGGGAGGGACCUCUGCAUGCCCUGGCCCUCCCAGCCGCCCUCUGGAGCAGCAGAGCACCUUUGCACAUGCUCAAGACACUCUCUGCCCACCCAGGCCAGGGCAGCAGGCAGGACAGCAGCUCUGCCCAGGGCCAUGGGGCUUUGGGGGCUGCUCAUUGACAUCCCUGCUUAUCUCACCGUUGUUGUUGUUGCUGCUGCCUCCUCCUCCUGCCUCCUGCCUCCUCCUCCGUGAUGCUACAAGAAAGGGUUCAUGGGGUGCCCCACUUUUUGGCCCCCUGGGAAUUGUCCCACCACCUCCCCCCUUGGGCAGCCUGCCUGGCUGCUCCCCUCUCCCAGGCAGGCCUUGCAGUCUCCUUCCUCCACCAGGACUGGCUCAGUCUCAUUUUGCAGGUUCGGUGGCCAGCCCUGGAAUGGUCUGCUUCGGGCUGCAUCUCAAGCAACAGCUGGGACUGAUUUUAUUCACUCUCUUGCACUCCUAUUCUGCCACCAUCUUGCAAGGAGCGGAGGGUCACAUACCGUGCAGGAUCUUUGCCUCCACCCCAUUUUAUUCUACAACAACCCUGCGAGGUAGACCUGGCUGAGAGGUAGUUUCCUUGGCUUGCUUUUAUUGCAGAAGCAGAAUGCCCCCGGGCUAGGCCUGGUGGGCUUCCUUUGUGAUCAACUCCGGAAGGGUAAGAGCAAUCUAGAAAGGGAAAGCGGUGGCCUGUCCCUCGCUGGAGCUCUUCAGGCCCAACCUGGGCAGCUGCCCUGACCCAGACAGCCUCCUUUGCACAGAGUCCCUGGGGAAGAUGUCCUCCAAGGCCCUCUCCGCUUCCAAGAGAGAGGGUAGAGGGGGGUGGGCUUUGAGCCCAGGCCUCCCCCAUAUAAGGCCAGGACUCCACUUCCUCCCGAGCACACAGCCUCAGGGGUUUAGACCCUACACCAGUGAUGGCGAACCUAUGACACGCAUGUCAGCACUGACACGCAUAGCCAUUUUUGGUGACAUGCUGCCGCAUGCUGAGACCUCACUUCUGGCCACUGGCGGAAUGCCGCUGGCCCAACCCGAGCCCACCUCCCCAGCAGCAGACCCGUUGGAAGAAGGCCUGAGUCCAGAGUCCCACUGGGAAAGACCUCUGGGUUUUGCCUUAUUUUUUUCCAUUUUAAAAUAUUUUUUAAUUUUAUUUUAAAAAAAACUUUAAUGAUUUCCCCCCUCUCCUUUUUCCUUUUUUUAAAGGGGAAACAAUUAUACAUUUUUGUUAUUUAAACUAUAAAUAUCGCGAAAUAAUGGUUUUUUUUCUCGAAGUGACACACCACCCGAGUUAUGCUCGUUUUUUUUGGUGGAUUUUGACACAUCAAGCUCAAAAGGUUGCCCAUCACUGCCCUACACGGCAGGAGGGGUGCAGAAUCAGGACGUACCACACUGACCAGGAGCUGAAAGUUUUGAAUUUCAUAAGAAAGUAGCUCAGAAAUGCUCCCUUUGCAGGCAAAGCAGCUCCAGUGACAAAAGCCCAUGAUUAAUUCAAGAUCCUAGUCCUGUGGGAUUACGGCUGCCGCCUCCUCCAAGCUCUGGCAGGGGCAUGUUCAAAGUGCACCAAGGGGGACAGCAACAGGCAGGUGGGGCUGUUUGUGGAGCACACCCCCCCCCAAUAUAACAGAUCCAGGGAAGGGGGACUCCCUCCCAGUUCCUCUUGCUCAAUGGGGAUUGCCUUGGACAGCAGCUCUUAGUAGGGAGAGGGGUCCCUUUCUCCCCCUCCGCCAAGCUGAUUCCUCAGCUCAAACAUACCUGGCAAGGGAGAGGGAGUUGCAGGGAUCCUCUGGGGCUGGUGAGCCGGUAGAGAAAGUCUCUGGGUAGCAGGUUCCCCCCCUGAACGGGCUUCUGUCUUUUUUGGCACCUGCUCAAGAGUCAAACUUUCCUCCCUCCCUCUUCGCUCCCCCCCCAAAGAGCUUGGGCUGCUUCAUUGCCUCUCAUUGGGGAGCAGAAGUGGGGAGCAGGCAGCUCCUGGCGCAAGACGGCUGUGUAAAUGUCAGGAAUUGGGGUCCCUGGUUUUCCAUCCUCCUUGCAGUUCUGCCUCCCACCAGUGAUUCAAACUAAACAGGAUGGGCCCUCCAUGGAGGCAGAAUCUGCAAGAAAUGGGACUGAGCGGCUGCCCUGUGGCGAGAGGGGCUCUGUGGUGGCUACUUGCACCCACCUGGGAUUUCCCCCAAGCUCUUCUGCUCUUGCCUGCAUGAGGCAGAGACUCCCAUCAGCUGGUGAUGUGUGGUGAGCCUCCUCGUGAGCAGGGCAAGUUCAUCAGCUCCCCUGGGCUUCUCUUAGAAUCAUAGAAUCCUAGAGUUGGAAGAGACCACAAGGGCCAUCCAGUCCAACCCCCUGCCAAGCAGGAAACACCAUCAAAGCAUUCUUGGCAUAUGCCUGUCAAGCCUCUGCUUAAAGACCUCCAAAGAAGGAGACUCCACCACACUCCUUGGCAGCAUAUUCCACUGUCGAACAGCUCUUACUGUCAGGAAGUUCUUCCUAAUGUUUAGGUGGAAUCUUCUUUCUUGUAGUUUGAAUCCAUUGCUCCGUGUCCGCUUCUCUGGAGCAGCAGAAAACAAUCUUUCACCCUCCUCUAUAUGACAUCCUUUUUAUAUAUUUGAACAUGGCUAUCAUAUCACUCCUUCUCCCAGGCCACCAGCAAGAAACUACUUCCUAAGUCACCGAGACCCAGGGGUGCCUCUUGGAGGAAGGGUAUAGAGGAGGCAACCCCAAGACGUGUGUCACCAGGGUGAGUCCUGGGCAGUCCUGGCGAGCCCCACUUGGCACCCACACACCUCUGGCUUCCAGGGAAGGGCUGUCGCUCCGCGGCAGAGCAGAGGAGGUCCCGGGCUCAGCCCCUGCUGACAUCUCCUGCAGAGCCCUCCUGACUGCAAUCCUGGAGAACCACUGCUGCCGAUCAGUGUAGGCAAUAUUGAGCAAGAUGGGCCCAUUGGUCUGGAUUCAGUAGAUGGCAAGUUUCCUGCUAGACCGGCCCAGUGCCAGCUGCCGCUCUGCCUUUCUUCUUCCUGCCUCCAAGAGCCCAGCGAUGGCCCUGGUUUCUCUGCCGCCUGCAGUGAUGCCGUGCGGGAGAAGCCUCAGAGGCAGGUGGCUGGAAGAGGCGACCCCCUUGUUAGAAUCAUAGAAUCAUAGAGUUGGAAGAGACCACAAGGGCCAUCCAGUCCAACCCCCUGCCAAGCAGGAAACACCAUCAAAGCAUUCUUGACAGAUGGCUGUCAAGCCUCUGCUUAAAGACCUCCAAAGUAGGAGACUCCACCACACUCCUUGGCAGCAAAUUCCACUGCCAAACAGCUCUUACUGUCAGGAAGUUCUUCCUAAUGUUGAGGUGGAAUCUUCUUUCUUGAAGUUUGAAUCCAUUGCUCCGUGUCCGCUUCUCUGGAGCAGCAGAAAACAACCUUUCUCCCUCCUCCAUAUGACAUCCUUUCAUAUAUUUGAACAUGGCUAUCAUAUCACCCCUUAACCUUCUCCAGGCUAAACAUACGCAGGAAGGGUAUGUUGCUCCCAGGAAGGGCGGGAGGAGGUGCCAGGUUCAAGGGAAAGCCAGCUGGGGCCCUGCAGGGAAUCUGCUCUUAUUUCCAUUUAAAUCCCACCUCUCCUCUCUGGGUCUGUGGUCCUCAUUUUCACAACAACCCUGUGAGGUAGGGUGGCAAUUUUAAUAUUUUCGGUAAACCUCUUGUAGAGAUUUCAGCACAGUCAAGCGGUAGGCAGGAGAGAGCUGGCUCUUGUGCUCGAAUCCUCCUUGCAGGCAUCCGUCCGGCCCUUGUGAGAACAGGAUGCUGGGGCAGAUGGAGCCAUUGCUCUGACCCAGAGGGCAAUUCUUAGGUGGGGAAUGGUGCCCUCCUCUGAGCCUGGCGCCUUGGGGUGCUGCUGCCAACCAGAGGAGCCAAACAAGGGCUGUGCUCCCUUCCUGAUCCCUUUCUCUGAGAUGGCGAGGAGCAAAGAGAUUAUCCCCACUUAAUCUUGGUGUGCUUCUUUUUAGGAUUUGUCUGUCUGUGCAUAUAAGCAAAGCCUCUGCCCCCAACUGCCUCUGACCCAUGUUUUAAGCCAGAGAAAAAGCUGGGGGGGGGAGUGGUGGGCAAAGUGCUUCCUUGUAGGGAACACCCAUGAGGCCACUGGGGAGCAUGUGAAUGAAGCACCCAUGGAGGGGGGGCAAAUGAAGUGGAAUUAUUAUUUAUGCUUUGCCUAUCUUGCUGGGUUCACUCUGGGCUGUUCCCAACAGAACACUAAAAACAGAAUAAAACUUCAAACAUUAAAAACUCCCCUAAGCAGGGCUGCCUUCAGAUGUCUUCUGAAAGUCAGAUAGUUGUUUAUUUCCUUGACAUCUGAACUGCAGAAUUGGAAGGGAUGCCAAGGGUCAUCUAGUCCAACCCCCUGCAAUGCAAGAAUCACAGCUUAAAGAUGAAUUGUUAUGUCCAGAUUUCUGCCUUGCUCUGCUGGCACUUCUGCACCACGCAGGGCACCCUGCAACAAUUCAGAAUUACAAGUAGAUUCUUAAGAUAACUAACAAUUGCAAGAUAGAAAACCCUUUCUCAGUUGUCUCUUGAUCCUUCUAAAGUGCCCCCCCCCGCUCUUUCUGAGCCCCAGAACAACAUCACUGGCCUGAUCCAGCAGACUCUUCUUCUGCUGUUCCCCGUUGCUUCAUCUGAAGGCCCCCUUCCAGGAUGGAAUUUAAAAACCUGCAUUUUGUCUGUCUGGCCUUUCAUUUAUAGCCGUGGCCUCUAUUUUGAGGAGUUCUAAGUUGAGCGAGGGUGUGCAAGCCAGCCCACAAAUGUCACUCAAGUCCUUGUGGAGAUGAUGAGGGAGUCAAAUUUGGCCAAGGAAGGAGCACAAACUUUUUAGAGGGCCGGCUCUCGUUUUAGCUUAGGGAGGAAGUUAAGGCAAGUGGAACAUAAGAGGAACAUCUUCUGGAUCCGGCCAAUGGCCCAUCUAGUCCAGCAUCUUCCCCCAGUGGCCUCUGGCAAACCCUCAAGGCCCCGAACCCAAGAGUCCACUCUCCCCUCCUGCAGUUGGCAGAAGCAUGGCUGCCUUCGAGGGUGGAGUCACAGCAUAGGCUUUGGGGCUAGUAGCUGUCAGUCGCCCCCUCCUCCAUGAAUCUGUCUAAUCUUCUUUUAAAGUGGUCCAGUUUAGCUACAUGUUUGCGGUUUUCCGACUGGGCGGUUGCAGACACAGGAAUCGAAGGAGUGCUCUCUGCAGAGUCAUCAGUUGCCAGACAGAGCCUGGCUUCCCAGAAAAAUGGCAGGCACUCGUGGUGGCAGAAGCUCAUUUGCCAGUCUUGCCCAACCCCCUUUGGGGGGGGAAAACCCUUUCUGUGCACCCAUCCAUCUGUUUGUUUCUAUAUUACUAAAAAAAAUCCCAAACUUGUUUUUUCAAGACAAAACCUGCAUUGGGAAUUGAACUUCCUGACAGUAAGAGCUGUUCGGCAGUGGAUUUUGCUGCCAAGGAGUGUGGUGGAGUCUCCUUCUUUGGAGGUCUUUAAGCAGAGGCUUGACACGCAUAUGUCAAGAAUGCUUUGAUGGUGUUUCCUGCUUGGCAGGGGGUUGGACUGGAUGGCCCUUGUGGUCUCUUCCAACUCUAUGAUUCUAGGAUUCUAUUCUAUGAUUCUAGGAGUUAGUGACCUCUCUGAUGCCUGCCAGUCACCCCUGUGCACAGCCAACUCCUCUUUCUAACUGGUAGAACAGCUUCCUGGCCCUCCUUGGUGCUGGUUCCUGGAGGAGGGGAAAUGGGGAGAUGGUUUUGGCUGGUCACUGAGAAAACCUUCACCCUGAGGAGUCCUCCUGUCACCUUGAGGCAAGGCCCACAUUCCCAGUGUCUGAAACAUGCGCCCACAGCCAUUAUCAUCCCAUUUCUUGGCUUCUCCUUUCCACGAUCUUCCCAGCCCCUCUGCACCUUUCACAAAGGAUGGUGGAAUCAUAGAAUGGGAGAGCUGGAAGAGACCUAAAGUAGGGUUACCAGACGUCCCCAGUCCCCGGGGACAGUCCCCGGAUUUGCAGACUGUCCCCGGACAUAUUCCAUCCCCGGAAUGUCCCCAGAUUUGCAAAUCUGUCCCCGGGGAACAUGGCAGCGGCAGUCUCAGCAGCCGGCCUGAGAGCACAGGAGCUGCUCGCUGCCGCCGCCACUGCCAAAGGGGAACCAGGGGCGUCUGGUGGUACAUAUCUCCUGCCCCCUUUGUUUUGACCGAUCAGGGGAGGCUCAGAAGUCGGGAGUGGGUGGCCAUUGCCCAGGAGGGGCGCAAGGCGCGCAGUUUCUCUGCCAGGCAAGGUGCAAAGCCCUUCUUUCGUACCCUGUGGAACAUAAAUGCGCAGAGUUUUU